AUGGUGGAGUUUGAAACUUUGAAGAAGGGCUAUCAAACAGUCGUCGUCGGUUACUUCCCUUUCAAGGAUAUGCAUACACCUGAGGGGUAUCGUGUAUUCGCGGCAGCCGGUAUGAUGUUGAUGACAGGCACACCUGAAGACGAUUCUACAUGUUUCGUAGUCGUCACGCGCAACGAAUUAGCUCAUCAAUUGGGCAUGCGAUUUGAGGGUGACAUACAGUUGUACAUUUCUGAAGGUCAUGUAUAUUCGUGGUCUUUCACAAAGACGAAGACAGCUGAAAAUGUAGCGGAAUGGGUUCGCGAGAAGCGUGCAGAGGUAGCGCCUGUCAGAUGGAUUCACUUCAAUAGAAACACGGAGCUGAUGACAUCCCAGUUUUGGCAUUUACUCAACAAGUCUUCUGUCUUGCUGCUUAUCACUCCUUUGGGUCGCAUCUACCGGUCUCAGCCGGAUGUCACUCUUUUCUCGGAGUUGGCUAAAGAGUACUGCAACUGCGAACAAGAGAGCAUCUUGCGAAUGAAUCACGAUUCGGUUACAAGCAGCCCACCGUCACCGCACGAUGAGCUUCUAAAUGAUAAGCAAGCUUGUUCUGAAGCUACAGAAGGGAUAGUCAAGGUAAGCAAGCAAGAAGGAAUCUAUUCAGAAAUAAUAGCCGAUUAUUUAUGAAC